AUGGCUGAACGAAAACUUUUCGAUAUUGUCAAACGUGUACCUAUUGCUGGUUUUGGAUAUGGUGCGAUUCGUGGUGCUACUUUUGCAUUAGCAGGUGACAAAGAUGAAGCGAAAUAUUCAUGGGAAAUGGACGUUGCAGAUUUAAAUCCACUACGUAUGCCUCGAAACAUGAUCAAUGGUUUCAUUGGUUCGCUACACGAUUUAGAUAAUGGUAUUUGGAUUGGUAGACGAAGUCUUAGUGAUCAACCAUUUAGUUUGACGUUUGUGCCCGGUUCUGAUGUAUAUCAUUGGUGUAUUCAGAUUGAUGGAAUUAUCUAUGAAUUAGGUGGGUCAAAACAGCGGAUCGAAAUUAGUAUCAUAUCGGAACACAAUAAUCCAACAAAAUACAAAAGCCACUGUAAACGAUUUUCAUGGACAAAGUUAGAGCCAGGAAGAUCAUCAUCUGUCAGCGAUGAAACAUUACGAGAUUAUGCAAAAGCAUUUGAAAAAUAUACCUAUCUAGCCGUAUUACCAAGUGGCAAUAAAAUUAAUUGUCAAACUUUCGUCUCGGAUAUGUUUGCCAAAGCUGCUGGUAUGACACAAAUCAAAGCGCGAGGUGCCAUCCUAGCUCUCAUACCAAAUAUAUUAUUUUGA